AUGGCAGCUGGACAAGAUGCGAACUUGGCACAUUCUGGAUCGUCUCAUGAUUCACGUCAAUCCGAGAGUCCUCAUGGUGGGUCUAGCCGGGGAACGCCACCGAAAAACGAGAAGCCUCUUUUCUCGAGCCAACCGUUGCCUCUCCACCGCGAGCCGAAGCCCCAGGCACCCCCCAAGAAGAGGAAGAGACCUGAGCCCACCACCCCCGCUCUCAGCUUCCCAUCAGCGCAGAGCAAGAUUCCGUCAGGACGGACGCCCUCUACCCAAACGCCCCCUACGCCUCAGACGUCAUUUCCAUACCAGCAACCCGUUUAUUCCCAAGACAACAUGCCGGAUCAAAACUAUCUUCAUUCCAUCCCUCAGCUCCCCCUUCCCGACGAGUCCACCUUUCAUAACCCCGCGGGCCCUGAGGUGCAUGUAGGACAGCCACCUCUCAACCCCUACGAUGCCGGCAUCUGGCACCAUCAAGGUCAUGAUCCAUCUCCGCCCUCUAACUAUCAGCCCGAGUACGGAGUGCCUGCUGGUCAAGCUCAAGGGUAUCCUGGUCAGGUCAAUCACCCGCAGUAUCCGGUAGAUUACACGGGGAUGGGCAACUAUCAAGUCGUGUCUGAACACCUCCAGUAUCCUCAGGGAGGGCAAGACCCCGCGUAUCCUCAGUAUCAGCACCAGGUGCAGGCGCAGAAUCCCCAUGUGCAGUACGAGCAGUACGAUCCUGGGCACUACCAGCACAUGAACCCCAACCCCUCGUACGGCUCCGGUCCUCCGGAUCAGCACCGACGGUAG